AUGAAUUUCGAAGAACUUGAAGAACAAGACGGAACCCGUUUUUCUUGGAACGUGUUCCCACAUUCUCGUCUUGACGCUACUAGAACUGUUGUGCCAAUCUCGUGCUUAUAUACCCCGCUAAAAGAGAGAGAAGACCUACCACCGAUUUUUUAUGAGCCAGUGACUUGUAAGUCACCUUGUCGAGCUAUAUUGAACCCAUACUGUCAAAUUGACGUACGCGGAAAAUUAUGGAUCUGUCCCUUCUGUCUUCAACGAAACGCUUUUCCACCACAUUACAAAGAUAUAUCUAACACCAACCUCCCAGCGGAACUACUGCCAAAAUACACCACGAUCGAGUAUACAUUUGCACGAGGAGCACAGAUUCCGCCGAUAUUUUUGUUUGUGGUAGAUACGUGUUUGGAGGAUGAUGAUUUAAAGGCGUUGAAAGAUUCGUUGGUGGUUAGCUUGAGUUUGUUGCCGCCGCAUGCAUUGGUUGGAUUAAUAACUUUUGGGACUAUGACUCAAGUUCAUGAACUUGGAUACAGUGAAUGUCCUAAAUCUUAUGUGUUUCGUGGUACUAAGGAGUACGCCUCUAAGCAAAUUCAAGAGAUGCUUGGAUUGUCCGCUCCCGUUAUUCGUCCACAAAUGCAAAAACCUGGCCAAACGCUUGGAGUACAAAAUCUUGGUGCUAGCAGAUUUCUUUUACCGGUUCAACAAUGUGAGUUUACAUUGACUUCCAUACUCGAACAAUUGCAGCGUGAUCCAUGGCCUGUUAAUAAUGAUAAACGACCACAACGAUGUACCGGUGUUGCUAUAAGUGUCGCGAUUGGUCUGAUGGAGAGUACUUUUCCAAAUACUGGAUGUCGCAUUAUGUUAUUUGCUGGUGGCGCUGCAACAGAAGGUCCUGGAAUGGUUGUGGGUAAUGAAUUGAAAGAACCUAUACGAUCUCAUCAUGACAUUGAGAAAGACAACAUCAAAUAUUAUAAGAAAGCAACAAAGUUUUACGAAGCACUUGCAAAACGCGCUUCACAAAAUGGUCAUAUUGUUGAUAUUUUUGCCGGAUGUCUUGAUCAAAUAGGGUUACUCGAAAUGAAAUCUUUGGUCAAUUCUACCGGUGGAUUUAUGAUUCUUUCGGAUUCUUUCACCACUGCAAUUUUCAAACAGAGUUUUCAACGAGUAUUUAAUAAGGAUGCUCAAGGAAAUUUGCAAAUGGGCUUUAAUGCAACGCUCGAUGUUCAGACUACACGAGAAAUGAGGGUGUGUGGAUUAAUAGGGCACGCGAUUUCCACUAACAAAAAGAGUCCAUCAGUCGCCGAAACAGAAAUCGGUAUUGCCAAUACUUCCGAAUGGAAAAUGUGCGGUAUCACACCAAAGACAACUUGCGCCGUCUAUUUCGAAGUAGUUAACCAGCAUGGUCAACCACUAGCACCUGGCAUGCGUGGUCUAAUUCAAUUCGUGACACAUUAUCAACAUUCAAGCGGGCAAUUUCGUUUACGUGUCACAACUGUCGCCAGAAACUUUGCUGAGGGAAAUAGUCCACAGAUUGCAGGAUCGUUUGACCAAGAGGCUGCUGCUGUUCUCAUGGCUCGAAUUGCGGUGUUCAAAGCGGAGAUUGAUGACGGGCCGGAUGUGUUGAGAUGGUUGGAUCGCAUGUUGAUAAGGUUGUGUCAAAAAUUUGCUGAUUUUAGGAAAGACGAUCCGUCUUCGUUCCGAUUAUCGGAAAACUUUUCUAUAUAUCCACAGUUUAUGUUCCAUUUACGAAGAAGUCAGUUCUUGCAAGUCUUUAAUAAUAGCCCUGAUGAGACCGCUUUCUAUCGACACGUAUUAAAUCGUGAGGAUGUAAACAAUUCACUUAUAAUGAUACAACCUACGCUGAUGUCUUAUGCAAUAGAUUCACAAUCACAACCUGUGUUACUCGACUCUAUUUCAAUCAAACCAGAUGUGAUUUUGUUGCUUGAUACCUUCUUCCAUAUUCUUAUCUUUCACGGUGAGACGAUCGCUCAAUGGCGGAAGGCUGGUUAUCAAGAUCAACCUGGCUACGAGAAUUUCAAAGAACUUUUGGAAGCACCAAAAGCCGAUUCUGAAGAGCUUCUUUCAGAUCGAUUCCCGAUUCCACGAUACAUUGUUUGCGAUCAAAACGGGUCACAAGCACGUUUUCUUUUAUCAAAAUUAAAUCCAUCCACAACUCACGUAUCAAAUGUUGGAUACGGCGUGCCACAAGGACAAGCUAUUUUCACAGAUGAUGUCAGUUUACAAGUAUUUAUGGAACAUCUGAAAAAGUUGGCUGUUAGCGGAGUUUCUUGA